AUUCAAAGCAAAGCAAUGGGGAGUUCAAUUCACCCUCCUUUUCUUCUAUCUGUUCUUCUCUUCUCUCUGUUUCAGAUACCAGUCCAUGCUGCCAAAAAUUCUUACAUAGUGUACUUAGGAGCACAGCCUCAUGUCCUGGACCCUUCGUCGGUCGAUCUCGAUAGCAUAACAAAUUCUCAUUACAAUUUAUUGGGAUCAGUAUUGGGAAGCAAUGAAAGGGCCCAAGAAGCAAUAUUUUACUCCUACAACAGAAAUAUCAAUGGCUUUGCUGCAAUUUUGGAUGAUGAAGAGGCUGCUCAGAUUGCAAAGGACCCAAAUGUUCUUUCUGUUUUCCCAAACAGCGGAAGAAAACUGCAUACAACUCGUUCAUGGGAUUUUCUUGGAUUGGAAGAAAACGGAGAAGUUCGUCCCGGUUCAAUUUGGAAGAAGGCACAGUUUGGUGCAAAUACCAUUAUCGGAAACCUUGAUACUGGUGUUUGGCCGGAAUCAAAGAGCUUUAGCGAUGAAGGGAUUGGACCAAUCCCAUCCAAGUGGCGUGGAAUCUGUCAGCUUGACACCAAAAAUGGUUCUCACUGCAAUAGGAAGCUGAUCGGAGCAAGGUACUUUAGCAAAGGCUAUCUUGCAUAUGCCUCCACAGUAAACUCCUCUGCAGCUAAGCCCAUCCAGCCCAACGCACGCGACUUUGGUGGCCAUGGCUCUCACACCCUGUCAACAGCUGCUGGUAAUUUCGUCCCGAGAGCAAGUAUCUUCGGCAAUGGCAAUGGCACUGCGAAGGGUGGAUCACCGAAAGCUCGUGUGGCUGCGUACAAGGUAUGUUGGCCGCCAAUCAAUGGCAACGAGUGCUUUGAUGCAGACAUCAUGGCAGCCUUUGAUGCUGCAAUCAGUGACGGUGUUGAUGUGCUUUCGGUGUCUCUGGGUGGUCAAGCUGCAGAGUUCUUUAGUGAUGGGAUCGCAAUAGGGUCCUUCCAUGCUGUCAAGAAGGGGAUUUCUGUGGUCAGCUCAGCUGGCAAUUCAGGCCCUACCCCCGGGACAGUGUCGAAUGUGUCACCGUGGUUGCUCACAGUUGGAGCUAGCACAAUUGAUCGUGAGUUCUCCAGUUAUGUUGCUCUCGGCAACAAGAAGCAUCUCAAGGGAGCAAGUCUUUCCUCUGGAGCUUUGCCAUCUAAGAAGUUCUACCCAUUGAUAAGUGCAGUAGAUGCUAAAGCAGCUAAUGCUUCCGGUUCAGAUGCCCAGCUCUGCAAAGCCGGAAGCCUGGAAAAAAAGAAGGUGGAGGGGAAAAUUUUGGUCUGCGUUCGAGGGGAAAAUGCAAGAGCUGACAAGGGUCAGCAAGCUGUUCUUGCAGGCGCUGUUGGAAUGAUUUUGGUUAAUGAUAAGCUAAGUGGGAAUGAAUUAAUUGCUGAUCCUCACUUGCUUCCCACUUCACAUGUCAAUUAUUCUGAUGGGAAAGCUGUUUUUGCCUACAUCAAGUCUACCAAGACCCCUGUGGCUUACUUAACUCGUGUGAAGACGGAAGUAGGAACAAAACCAGCACCAUUUAUGGCUUCAUUCUCUUCUAGGGGACCUAACACCAUUGAGCAGUCAAUCCUUAAGCCUGAUAUCACAGCACCAGGGGUGAGUAUAAUUGCUGCUUAUACUGGAGCAGAAGGGCCAACUAAUCAGAAGUUUGAUAAGCGCCGUGUAUCUUUCAAUACAGAAUCUGGAACUUCGAUGUCAUGCCCUCAUGUAUCUGGAAUUGUCGGUCUUCUGAAAACUCUUCACCCAUCUUGGAGCCCUGCAGCUAUUAAAUCUGCAAUCAUGACCACAGCAAGAAAACGAGAUAACAACAAGGAGGCAAUGCAGGAUUCAUCCAAAGCCAGAGCAACACCAUUUGCUUAUGGAGCAGGACAUGUUCAACCAAACCGUGCUAUGGACCCUGGACUUGUUUAUGACUUAACUACUGAUGAUUACUUGAACUUCUUAUGCGCUCGUGGCUAUAACACAACACUGCUCAAAGUAUUUUCCAACGAGCGCCACACAUGUCCCAAGGCAUACAGUCUUGCAGAUUUUAACUAUCCUUCAAUUACAGUUCCUGAUCUCCAUGACAAACCAGUGACUGUAACUAGAAGAGUUAAGAAUGUUGGUUCUCCAGGCACAUACGUAGUACAUAUUAAGGAACCGGCAGGAGUUUCUGUGUCGGUUAAGCCUAGUAGCUUGCAAUUCAAGACCAUUGGUGAAGAGAAGAAAUUCAAGGUUGUUCUGAAGCCUAAGGUUCAGGGUACUCAAGACUAUGUGUUUGGAGAGUUGAAUUGGUCUGAUGGAAAGCGCAAUGUCAGGAGCCCUAUUGUUGUCAUGCGCUACUAGAAAUGACAAAGUAGGUCAAUUCAUUUUCAUCAUUGUCUAGAGCCCUUCAAAUAUGUGGAAAUGAUUAGGUAGAGAUCACAUUAGUCAGAUGUAUUUUAUGUCUUUUCUGUAUUUUGGCAUAAAUGAUUUAUUUUUUCUAAAACAUCAGUGGAAAA